GAACAAAAAUUGGACUGUCAUCGCUGUCAUCGCCGUCAACAAGCAGGUGAUAUUCGUGUGAAAGUAGACAAGAGGCGGAGGAGUGAAUAUGUACGUUUGUUACCUGAGUUGCAUAGCCGGUCUCUUGACUGCGGUACCGUUGGUGACCGGGAACGAAUACCACUAUUACAUGGAUGACACGGGGAAACACUGCAACCGUCAUAUUGCGCACGAGGUGGCACGUGAUGACGUCGUGACGGUGCAAGCCAUUCACCCCGACAAUGCCGACUACUACUACAAAAUACCUGUAGACUGUCGGCUUACCUUCCGCGCAGACCACGCCUUCUAUCGGCCAAAUAGGAAACUAAUGCUGAAUAUUUCCGAACUGCACUUCCCCUGCCGAGACCAAGCGGAAACGUCCGGAGUGGACAUAUACGACGGGGACGGGUCUCUGUCGCUAGAGGAUAAACAUCAGAUAAUCCGCUACAACUGCGCGAGUGGCUUCCCGCCACCCGUCCUUCUCAACUCAACCCAACCGUUUGUUACUCUUCGCUUGGUACGCUCCUCCUUGUCUUACAGAAACUAUAGGUUUCAUAUCCGGAUAUAUACAGUUAUAGACCAAGAGAACGACCCAUUUGUAUUGUCGGGGGCCGCAAUAGCCGGUAUUGUGACGGGUCUGAUCAUUGUGUUAGCGGUGACGGUGGCUGCGACAGCAAUUGUGAUAGCUUGGCGAAAGCGGAAAGCAAGAAAACUAAUGAGAUCCAGGGAAGAUAUUUUAAAUUCAAGAGAGGAUAUAUCUGAAAAGUCAACAAAUAUGAAAAAUGAGCAAGAGGCUGCCGAAAUAGCUGAUAACUAAAAUGAAGUCUAGGGGGCAAUAAUGGAGACAUAGCCAUGCCUUUUAAGAACUCCACUCAAAACUUAUUUGAACAGUGUCGAAGUUAGCUUCCCCUUGCCAGGGAGGUCUAGAUCAAGGGCAGCCUGGUCAUUUUAAUUGAUAAAGGGAAAUUUCAGCAGGGUCGUUGCUCCGAGUGCCUCAACCUAGCAGUGUCCAUACUGAUAUUAAUAGCUGGACUACCCUAUCUUAAUCAAACGGUUCGUGGGCAGAUUUUUUUCAGAUUGAAGUGAAAAGGGUUGGAAUAAAACCACAGAAAUAGGCACAGACAGGGAAUUACCUGUGGAUAUUUUGUUAAAAACAAAGAAGGGG